AUGGAGAAUUUUUUGUUGGUGUCUUUGUUAUUUUUGGCAAUAACAAUAAUAUUGCCUUCAACUCAUGGGCUUGAUCAAAGUCCUAAAGGAGUGGAUAAAUGGUUCAAGAAGCUUCCUCAUGCAAAAGUAAAACUGACCAAACUUCACUUCUACUUUCAUGAUACUGUGACUGCAAAGAAUCCAUCAGCAAUCCAAAUAGCACAAGCCAAUAAUACAUUUCAAUCACCAACAUUGUUUGGCUUAGUAAGGAUGAUGGACAAUCCGUUGACGGUUAAGCCCGAGCCCAACUCAAAAGAAAUAGGCCGAGCCCAAGGGAUCUAUGGCUUCGCAUCGUUUGAAGAUAUAGGCCUUCUUAUGACUCUCAACCUUGUGUUCACCGAUGUUAAGUACAAUGGUAGCACACUUAGUAUCCUUGGGCACAACCAGAUAUUUCAUGAGUAUCGAGAAAUGCCAAUCGUUGGUGGUUCUGGUGUUUUCCGGCAAGCACAAGGUAUCGCUACCGCGAAAACAUACAGCGGUGAUAAUACCACACAAAAUGCAAUAGUUGAAUACCAUGUUGUGCUUUUGCAUUAUUGAAGUCUGUUGGCUUGUUUUGUUUGUUCAUGAUGUAUUCUUGAUUGCUUUGCUUAUUUUUGUUUGUUUUGGUUGUGCAUUAUGGAAGUCUGCUAUGUCGUGAUGCUAAUAAAGUUAAUGUGUUUAAUAAAGA